GACAGUUCAACCUUUAUGGCUUUUGUCCCUUUACGUCCGAUGACCAUUCUGACUGUAGCUGUUCUUGUUCUAAUGGCGUUACUGAGGACAGAGCGCUCGCCAGCUGUGCUUCAUCGACCCAAGGCUGGGUGGUCAACGAAGCGUUUUAACCAACAGAUGUUGCUGGUGAGCUUCAACCCUGAUCUGUGAGACCUGACAUAGACAGGUGUAAGGUCUCUCUGAAUUAACCACAGGUGAACUCCAAUCAAGGUCCACAUGGAAGAGUCACCAGAAUAAACCUGACCUUUGACCUCAUCACUGAAGUCAAGUCUGAAGUCUGGAGAGCAACAUCUGGAAAAGCCAGAUGUGUUUUGCAAUCAAGUUAAAACAGAGAUCUUUGGUCACAAUCACCAAAGCGAAACUAUCAGUUUACAUUCCUGCAAUGAAUCAAUAGUUUAGAAUUAAACACUGUAUAACUGGUAAAGCAACAAUAUUUAUCAGAGGAGAUCUGACGAAGCUCCACCCCUCACCUGAUUCACCUGAGACAAACCAGGAAACAGUUUGUUCUUCUUCACUAAAGAGACACAGACUGAAAAGAUCAGAUUCACCUUCAGACCAAACCAACAACUUCCUCUGAGUGAGUCCAGCUACAGGAGAGAGACGUGGGAAACUACAACACUGCUGCUUCAACCUGCUGAAACUCCACACUGAAGCGUCACUCAGACUAAAUGGCUUCCAGAUCAGAGGAGGAUUUCUGCUGUCCUGUCUGUCAUGAGGUCUUUAGAGAUCCUGUUGUUCUGUCAUGUAGCCACAGCUUCUGUAAAGACUGUCUGAAGAGCUGGUGGAGAGAGAGACCAACACGUGAGUGUCCAGUUUGUAAGAGAAGAUCCUCAAAGGAUUAUCCACCUUUUAACCUGGUUCUAAAGAACCUGUGUGAGGCCUUCAAACAGGAGAGAGAUCAGAGAUCUUCAGAGUCUCUCUGCAGUCUGCACUCUGAGAGACUCAAACUCUUCUGUCUGGACCAUCAGCAGCCAGUUUGUCUCGUCUGCAGAGAUUCAGAAAAACACACCAACCACAGAUUCAGACCCAUCGAUGAAGCCGUUCGACAACACAAGAAGGAACUUCAGGAAACUCUGGAGCCCUUAAAGAAGAAGUUAAAGGGUUGUGAACAAGUUAAAGAGGAGUUUGAUCAAACAGCAGAACACAUUAAGGUCCAGGCCCAACACACAGAGAGGCAGAUUAAGGAGCAGUUUAAGAAGCUGCAUCAGUUUCUAGAGGAGGAAGAGGAGGCCAGGAUCACUGCUCUGAGGGAGGAAGAGGAGCAGAAGAGUCAGAUGAUGAAGGAGAAGAUGGAGGCUCUGAGCAGAGAGAUAGCAGCUCUGUCACACACAGUCAGAGCCACAGAGGACGAGCUGAGAGCUGAAGACGUCUCAUUCCUGCACAACUACAAGGUUACAGUGGAAAGAGUCCAGCAGCGCCUCCUGCUGGAUGAUCCACAGCUGGCUCUGAUAGACCAGGCCAAACAUCUGGGUAACCUGACCUUCAGCAUCUGGAACAAGAUGAAGGACAUGGUCUCCUACAGUCCUGUGGUUCUGGACCCAAACACUGCUCAUCCAGACCUCAUCCUGUCUGAGGAUCUGACCAGUGUGAGUCAUGGAGAGAGACAGAAGCUUCCUGACAAUCCAGAGAGGUUUGAUAACUUCCUCAUUGUCCUGAGCUCUGAGGGUUUUAACUCAGGGACUCACAGCUGGGAUGUUGAAGUCGGAGACAAUACAUUCUGGUCACUGGGUGUUUUAGCAGAGUCUGUCCAGAGGAAGAGAAUUAUGUUGGCUGGAUUCUGGAGAAUAUGGUUCUAUGACGGUAAAUACUCAGCACAUUCACCACCAGCUCCAUCCACUGAUCUGUCAGUGAAGAAGAAGCUCCAGAGGAUCAGAGUGAAUCUGGACUGGAACAGAGGAAGAUUGUCGUUCUCUGAUCCUGAUACUAACACACACAUACACACCAUCACACACACUUUCACUGAGAAGCUGUUUCCAUACAUUAGCACCGUUGAUGGACUGAAGAUCUCACCACUGAAGGUCUCUGUGACAGUGGAACAGAGCAGUUAGAGAUAAAGAGGAUGAUCAUAUUUAUAAUGUUGUUUAUGUCUUAAAGGGAAAAGUCAGUGAAUUUAAGUUGUGAAGCUGCACCUGUCCUCCUGCUGCCUCAUUACUGCAAAGCUCUGUUUAUGUUUCUUUUAGCUCUCACUGUCUCUUAUUUUCUUUUUAUUGUUGUUUUAUUUUAACACGUUGCUUUUUAUAUCUAUUCACAACGCUUUUAAUCAAACCAGAAUUGAAUGGUUUCCAGUAUGAAAUGACUCCCAGCAGCUGGGUGACCAGUGGGAAUAAUAAAGGGCUCCUGGGGCUGUUCAGUAAUCCACCCAAACUGAAGCAUGUUACUGAUUUUAAUUGAACUGAUUUAAAUGAUAAACUGCAGAAUUUAGAGUGAAAAUAGUGCAACCAUUACCUGUGUGUUAUGAGAUUUACAAAUGUCAAUAAAGUUUUUUCAAGUGAAAGAAAUGUGCACUUCACUUGUGCAUUUGUCUCAACAAACCACAGACUGUAUCUGUCUCUCUCUUUAUGUACAAUUUGAUUAAAGGAGGCAGCAAAGUCUCACAAACCUUAAACUCUGUGAGAAAAGCAACAUUUUGUCACUUAAUAAAUUUGGUUAAAAGAAAAAAAAGAAAAGAUUUAAUAAAAACCACAAGAAUGUGUUUCGUCAGCAUGAAAAUCUUGUAGCUGUUCACCUUUGAGGUCAGUCUCCCCCUCAGCAUGAUGCUGCCUCCACCAUGCUUCACUGUUGGGACGGUGUUGGGCAGGUGAUGAGCGGUACCUGGUCUCAUCCAGACAUGACGCUCAGAACUCAGGUCAAACAGUUCAGUCUUGGUUUCAUCAGACCAGAGAAUCCUGUUUCUCACAGUCUGAGUCCUUUAGGGAAAUGUCCAGCAGACAGACAGAGAGGGACAGUUCAACCUUUAUGGCUUUUGUCCCUUUACGUCCGAUGACCAUUCUGACUGUGGCUGUUCUCUUUUACGGCUUCCAGGAAUUCACGUUUAGCACCAACAAAAUCAGUUCCCU